AUGGCUUCUCAAGCCCUCCUGCACCUCCCGUGGCUUUCCUGUGUCUGCGUCUGCAUGGUUGCAGUAGCCGCCUUGCUGGCGUCGCCGGCGGCGGCGUCACGCGCCCUUGCUGUCGGCAGUGGCGACCCGACGGUGGGGUUCACGGCGGUGAGAUUGAGCGAGGGCAACUUCGUGCUGCAGCGCCCGUACGACGUGCCGGGCGGCGACCGGUACAGGUUCGACGGCGGCGUGCGGCAGCUGUGGGUGCUGUCCUCCGACAAGCCCCACGACCCCCACAGCAACACAAGCCCCAGAACGGAGAUCAGGAUGACGGGCUACGACUACUCUUCCGGGGUGUGGCAGUUCGAGGGCUACGGCUACGUCCCGUCCGGCACGACGGGGGUGUCCGUCAUGCAGGUGUUCGGCGGCGGCGAGUCCGCCACCACGCUGAUGCUGCACGUCUACGACGGCGCGCUGCGGUACUACGACCGGCAGGUGGUCGAGGACAACAUCUACGACCGGUGGUUCCGGCUAAACGUGGUGCACGACGUGGACGCGUCGACGGUGGCCGUGUACGUCGACGGCGUCGAGCGGCUGCGCGUGGCGGGCCGCGGCGGCGACUCGCACUACUUCAAGUUCGGUGUGUACGCGCAGAACCACGCCUCCAGCUGCAUGGAGUCGCGCUGGAAAAACAUCAGGAUCUUCAGGAAAGAUUAG